UUAAAAGAAUGUCUGAUGCUACGGGCGGCUGUGUCAUUUUGCCUUCCAAAACCACGCCACAGUUGGAUACAUCAAAGUGGCCCCUUUUACUUAAAAACUAUGACAAUUUAAUUGUCAGGACUGGGCACUACACACCGCUUCCAUUUGGUUCUUCCCCUUUAAAUAGGCCCUUAAAAGAAUAUCUUCGGUACGGCGUUAUAAACUUAGAUAAACCUGCUAAUCCCUCAUCUCAUGAGGUUGUAGCUUGGAUUAAACGAAUAUUGCGAGUAGAAAAAACAGGUCAUUCAGGAACUUUAGAUCCUAAAGUUACUGGGUCGCUGGUUGUCUGCAUUGACAGAGCCACGCGUUUGGUUAAAUCCCAGCAAUCUGCUGGCAAAGAAUAUGUGGGCGUAUGCCGCUUUCAUUCUAAUCCUGGUUCUAUAGAAAAAGUUGCCAAAGCUAUUCAAACUUUAACUGGCGCUUUGUUCCAACGGCCCCCGCUUAUUUCUAAUGUCAAAAGACAACUGCGCAUCCGUACUAUUUACGAAAGCAAACUAAUUGAGUAUGACUCUGAAAGAAAUUUAUGCGUUUUUCACGUUAGCUGUGAGGCGGGAACUUAUAUUCGCACCCUUUGCGUCCAUCUCGGCUUGCUGCUCGGUGUGGGCGCUCAUAUGCAGGAACUAAGACGGGUCCGCUCGGGUAUAAUGAGUGAAGCAAAAGGUCUUGUCACCAUGCACGACAUAUUAGACGCUCAGUGGGCCUUUGAUAAUCUUAAAGAGGAAUCCUACCUGCGAGCCGCCGUCAUGCCCCUGGAGGCUCUUCUUAUUAACUAUCCUCGCAUAGUGCUUAAAGAUAGUGCGGUCAACGCUAUUUGCUAUGGAGCCAAACUUAUGAUCUCCGGCGUUUUGAGAUUCGCUGAUGGCAUUGAAGUGGGCACUGAAGUUGUGCUUAUCACCACGAAAGGAGAGGCCAUUGCUCUGGCCAUUGCGCAGAUGACCACUGCUGUAAUAGCCACGUGCGAUCACGGCGUUGUUGCUAAAAUCAAGCGUGUGAUUAUGGACCGAGACACUUAUCCCCGCAGGUGGGGUUUGGGCCCUCACGCUGUAGAAAAGAAAAAGUUGAUCCAAGAAGGAAAACUUGACAAAUAUGGCAGAGUCACCGAGGCGACACCCGAAGCCUGGAAGGCCACUUAUAAAGAUUAUUCCGACGGCAAUGUGGAGAUUCAACAGCUAUGCACGACUGUUGUUGCGCCUACCCCAUGUGAGGAUCUGCGGGUCAAGCGAGUCCACGAGACUAUCGACUCUGGAAGCGAAGAUCACACUUUGAACGAGUUAACUCAUAUGGAUACGAGGGCUAAAAAGAAAAAGACAGAUAAAAAAAGUAAAAAACAGAAAAAGAAAAAAUCGGAACACAAAAAGAUCACUUUGGAGGAAUAGCUAGUGUUAUUGAAGAAAUGUUAUAUAUCUUAACUACUGUAAAAUAUAGUGGCCUCCCCGCCUCAUAAUAGUGUAUUAGUUGCACACGGCAACUAUAUUAGACCGAGAAAAAAUUGAUACAAACCGCCUGAAAAACAUCCGCAACACGGGCAG